AUUAAUAUACCUUCUCCCAUUCCUGAAGCUAGGAUGGGGAAACAGAAAUUGUUCCUGGUUUUAAUCCUUGGCUCAGCUUCAGUCUUCUACAUUGUCUUCAGUGGCUCACCAGGGUUCAGGAUGAAUGCCCCGAUAUACCCAGCACAAGGAGUUGAACAGAGUACAGUUUGUGGGAGUGCCCGGGGUCGUCACACCCCCUCCACCAUAUUCUUCAUUACGCCAACAUAUCCACGCAGAGAACAGAUUGCAGAACUUACCAGACUAGGACAGACCUUACUCUUAGCUGAUGAUCUGCACUGGAUCGUAGCUGAAGACUCCCUGACCUGCUCCCCCCUGGUCGCUGACCUCCUCGCUAGGCUGGGUAUACCCUUCACUCACAUAGCCUCACCACAACCUGAUGUUUACAAGGAAAGUAAGUUCAACCCGCGUGGAGUGUCUAGCCGCAGAGCAGGACUCAGCUGGGUUCUCAGUAACUUCAACGAGGGAAUCAUCUACUUCGCCGACGACGACAACACCUACGAUAUUCGGCUCUUUAAGGAGAUCAGUCGAACCAGGAAGAUUUCCAUGUUUCCAGUCGGAUUCAUUGGAGGCCAGGGAGUGAGUAGUCCAAUAGUCCUGGACGGUGUUGUAGUUGGGUUCUCGGACGAUUGGUUUGCGCAGCGUAAAUUUCCAGUUGAUAUGGCGGGCUUUGCUGUAAAUAUUGAUUUCAUCAGAUCCAGGAACCCCAGAGCUGAUUUAUCAAUGCCCUACAAAGCUGGUUACGAAGAAGAUUAUUUUAUAAGGAGCUUAAAACCUCGUCUUACUGAGAUAGAACCCUUGGCUGAUAACUGCUCUUUGGUGCUAGUCUGGCAUACGCAGACGAAGAAAGAGAGUGCUUCUAUUCUCUACUUAAAAACUACAGAAGAAAAAACAAAUUUAGAUUCAUUGCUCAGCUUCCUUCACUACUCAGGGAUGGCGGUUAAAGGAAAACACGGGAAACCAGUUAAAUCCUGUUAUGAUGGCCAUCAGUGUAAAACUAACUCAUGAAACCUGAAAAACAUUGCUCAAAAACAUUUUUUGAAAUUCAAUACAACGUGGAAAUCCAAUCGAUUAAACAUAAACCUGGGAAUCCAUUUACUGGAAAUUCAACCCAACUCAACAUAAUCCUGGAACUCCAUUCUACUAAACAUAGUCCUAGAAAUCCAAUCAACUCAGAGUAGUCCUGGAAAUCUAACGCAACUCAACAUAGUCCUGGAAAUCCAAUCAACUCAGCGUAGUCCUGGAAAUCCAACGCAACUCAACAUACUAAUGGAAAUCCAACGCAACUCAACAUACUCAUGGAAAUCUAAUGCAACUCAACAUAAUCCUUAAAAUCCAAUACUGCUCAACAAGACUCUGGAAAUUCAAUCAAAAUAUUUUCUAGUCUUAAAAACCGGUGAAGACUGAAAUAACCCAGAUAAUCUCUGAGACAUUAAACAUGUAAUUGGAAAAUUUUGAAGCCAAAGUUUUUAGUUAGAAUAUGACUUAGUUGCUAUUAAAAAAGAGGCGGAAUCUUAAUCUAGCUUUUUGAAAAGAUAAAUCUAAUCUACCUUGUUAAUCAAAAGAAAAAGAAAUCAAACCCCCCCCCCCCCUUAGCACUUUUAUCUGAUCAUCUGAAGAUAACGAAAAUGUACAUCAUUAAUAUCAAGAAGAAAGCCUGAAAUAUUGAAGACAAGAUGCAAAGAAAAAUGCCUGAAGAUCAUGAAGACCGUUGAGCAAGAACCUGUUCUAUUACUAAUAAUGUAGAAUAGAACAAAUCAACAAAAUUCUCUGCUUGAAAAGAGCCUGACGUUUAGAACAUAUCCGUAACAACUAAAAUAUCACGGAUCUUGGAUGGAUGAAUGGAUCAAAAACAUGUUCAACUAAGAGAACAUAAAAGACUUAAACGGACAAAGAACAGAACACCUUAAGAAUCAUUACGUCUAAGAAAGAUCAAGAACUUGAUAAACUAAAAAGUCGUGAAUUAAAGAACGGAUCAAGAUCAACUAAAAGAUUAUGAAGUCUAGAGUGGAUCAUGAACAUAAUUAAAGAUCAUGGAAAAUAGAACGGAUCAAGAACCUACA